GUUUAUCAGUGGCUCUGUGAGCACGGUGAGUGUCAGGGACUUACUGGAAAGCUUACCGGUCUUAUUUUCGAAUUAUUUACUGAGACAAUAACAAUUACGGAAUUAAAAAACCAACAAAUAAUUUGAUCGGAACAACGCUCUUUUCAAACUGCCCUGCAACUUGGUAAACAAGAAAAUAAAUGGAAGAUUGUAACUUAUAGAUUAAGCUCAUUUGUAGUUGGUAUAACUAACUAGUAAUGAGUAAAUAUUGAAGAAAGAUUUCUGAAUGGUUCUUCGUGCAUGGUGAAAAACGAUCGAGGAUGUAUUUGGAAUAUUUUCUGGUCAUUGCUUCUCUUUCAUUACGCUUAACGGAAGGUUCAGCUUUGCAUGGACACUGCCUCUCAAAUGAAGACUGUGGAACAAUUGAUACUUACUGUAAAAAUGAAGUCUGUGUAUGCAAAGAGAGUUUUGCAGUGUGGUACGACAGCUGUGUACAACUUGCCAGACCUAGAAUACCGUGUAUGAAGCGGCACGACUGCCAGAACGUCUUAGGAGUUAAAAGCAUGUGCACGAAGAAUUCGCUUUGUGCAUGCAAACCUUUUCAUCACUUACAUCACGGUCAAUGUGUGAAAAAUAGAGAUCUACAUGACAUCUGUGAGCAUGAUCAUCAGUGCUACUGUGGAGCAGAUUGCGAGGAUAAAAUUGCUUGUAUAGGACGAAAUUGUUCGUGUCGGCCUGGUCAUAAGCCAUACCGCAGCCGGAGAUGCAUAUAUGAUCCUGCCAAUCCACCUCCAUCUAGUUCAAACAACACAUAUCAUCUGAAGUCGAUGAUCUUCUCAUUGUUAGCAUCAAUAGUUAUACUGAAAAUAUUAUAAAAACUAAAUAUAUUUUUUAAAAUUUUUGUACAUAAUACAUGUGUAUUAGAACUAUUUUUAAGUAACAAAUAUAAUA